UGUGUCCCACAAAUAUAAUGAUGGGAACGUUCUUAUUUUUGCAAUGAUCUGGUCGUCCAAAUUGUCAGCUUCCUCCUCGUGAUUAUAAUCGAAUAUAAUUUAAUGAAGAAACCGUUUGAGCAACAAGCGCUCGAUUGUGUACCCGAAGGGGUUAAGAGGUGCAGAUAUAAAUCUAUACAAGGCAACAUUUCAGAAAUCGUUUACUUCUGUGAUAAAUGUGCGCUCCGUCUGUUUUGAAAAAGGAAUACGCGAAUCGGUGUAUGGGACAGAACUAGCGUGAAACGAGUAACUGCGUGUUCAAUGGCACAAUGCUAAGUUUCUUCUCGAUGUCAUAAUGCAUAUAGGUCUUUUAAGUUUUGGAAGGGCAACUUUUUCAACUCGAUAGAGUUCGCACAAACCGUUUUUAAAAAUUGUAAAAAAUACAAAUUAGGCCAAUAUGAAGGCUAUAUAAUGAUAACGAGGACUACUUUAACUUUAAGACAUUUAAGAUGCAAAAUGUCUGGUUUAUGAAAAUAAUUCCACGCGUCCUUUUAAAUGAUCUGAUUAUUAAUUACAUAAUUAUUAAUAGAUGGGCUUCAGUGUGUUACAGGAAAAUAAUUUCAUCAGGGGGUUCUGUGACGUCAUAAACUACGAGAGCGAAGGUGGAGUUUAUAAACUAUCACAGAAACCCGAGAUGGAAUUGUUUUCCUGAGACUCACUGAAGAGGCCCAUCCUAUUAUUUUUUAUAAUCCACGGAUACCCCUGUGAUGCUGAUAUUAAAGAAGACGAGGUUCAGCAGUAGAGUACAGGGUUGUUUUUUUUAAAACGUAGUGUUUCGGCGCUGUACUGACGUUCAGCGUCGUUUUCCGUUAGUGCUUCAGCUUUAUUUGAAUGAUCGCCUUCACCUUGUUUUAAUUUCCCGUUCCUCUCCAGUUUCUCUGAGUAUUCUCAUUUUGUUGAUCACUAAUGAACCUUUGUGUGCUGGUGCGUGUCAUUUAACCAGCUAAACAAAGUUAUUGAACGACAACCAUGGAAAAAAUGCAUUGCAGCACAAUUAAAAAAAAAACGUCAUGUAACAAUCUUGUUUUUUAAUAUGUACGGUUAAAACAGCAAGGUUACCUUAUCAAUACAUUACAAUAUACUAGGAUCACAGCUACAUGGCAGCACGAUGUCACUGCUUGAUCCAAAGAUCACACUGCUUGUUUCGGAGAGCGCUCGUCGGUAAAAGACUACAAAUCCCACAAGCCCUUGCAGCGCAGCAGCAACCGCCUGGCGCCAAGUGACGAUGUCAUUUCAGAGCUAAACUUCUGUGGAGAGCAGCCGAGAGACAGGAUGUCUGGAAGCAGAGUGAUCCGGCUGGACCUGGCAUCCCUGCAGCGCGCGGGGGGAGACUCCGUCCACCUGCUGCCCUGCGAGAUCGAGCACGACGGACCGGCCAGCGUCGGCCGGUACUUCAGCCCAGCUGUGAAGGAGACCAAGAGCGAGAUGAUGGUGUCGUUCCGAGGGCGGGGCUUGAAAGGUCAGGAGGUCAGCGUGCCCCAGGGGUACAGCGGCAUGGUUUUAAAGGAGGACCACAAGCCAGUCUCUGAGGAUGAGGACCGGUCACUUCGGGUCAGAUCCACCUUCAGCACUCUGACCUGCUGGAACCUGGAGACUCCGCCCUCCUCCGAUGACGGGGUUGUCAUGGCGAUGAACUGGCCGGUAAUCGCGGAGGCAAUCCACGCACCCAUUGAAGACUAACCCAGGAGCCGAGGCUGAAGCUGCCCAGGAAGGCGUUACUUCCCUUCCCCCAGCCCGCUUCACCGUGUGCUGGACUCUCAGCGGGAGAGUUAAGACCAUUCCAUUGAACUUUCCAAAGGAGCAGUGCUGUUGCGAUAUCCAACCACCAGGUGGAGCUCUAUUGUGCGAUAAAUUCAUAAUAAAAACUUUUUUAAUUUCACUGUUUUUACAGCCCUAUUUUGCUCAUGUUAACAAUAUAAAACUACCUUCCGUAUUGAAGACGCCUCUGUAAUCAAGUAUUAAAAUGACUGUACAAAUCUU